AUGGAAGACAAAUACACGAUUCGUGUUACCGAAAAUUUAAAUUGGGUUGGCUCUCAAAUCAACGACGUCGAAUAUCGUUGUGAAGAAAUUCAUGAUAACGGUGACAGAGUUAAUUACCGUGUAGCCAUAAGUCGAGCUGAUUACGAAAG